CUACACGGCACUCACCGGGGCUGGUGAUCUGGUCGCCUGACACCAGAGAGUCCACCAUGGCCUCAGACCACCAGACGCAGGCGGGCAAGCCCCAGCCCCUCAACCCCAAGAUCAUCAUCUUUGAACAGGAGAACUUCCAGGGCCACUCCCAUGAGCUCAGCGGGCCCUGCCCCAACCUGAAGGAGACUGGCAUGGAGAAGGCGGGCUCUGUCCUGGUGCAGGCUGGACCUUGGGUAGGCUACGAACAGGCCAAUUGCAAGGGCGAGCAGUUUGUGUUUGAAAAGGGCGAAUACCCACGAUGGGACUCCUGGACCAGCAGUCGGAGAACAGACUCCCUGAGCUCUCUGAGGCCCAUCAAAGUGGACAGCCAAGAGCACAAGAUCAUCCUGUAUGAGAACCCCAACUUUACCGGUAAGAAGAUGGAGAUCGUAGAUGACGACGUGCCCAGCUUCCACGCCCACGGGUACCAGGAGAAGGUGUCUUCCGUGCGGGUGCAGAGUGGCACGUGGGUUGGGUACCAGUACCCCGGCUACCGUGGGCUGCAGUACCUGCUGGAGAAGGGAGAUUACAAGGACAACAGCGACUUCGGGGCCCCUCACCCCCAGGUGCAGUCUGUGCGUCGCAUCCGUGACAUGCAGUGGCACCAGAGAGGCGCCUUCCACCCCUCCAGCUAGAGCUCCAACCUCCCCCUCCCCGGGGGCCAGGCCCACUACCCAGGGGCCUCCUGACACCAGAGUGAAUAAAGUGUGGCUUGCAACAUG